ACGGAAAAUUCUUCGCGGAAAGAGAACAGUAGGCUGGAAGACACGACAAUCCAAGAUAUUCAUGCAUGAGGUGGUCGUAUAUAGGCUAACCUUAAUAAUGAACUCGCAUCGGAGUUAUUAAAUUUUGUAUAUGCUAUAUUUAUAUUCCCAAAGCAUCCUUUUGGAGCCGAAACAGUUAAUUUUAUUUAGCUAGGUUAAAUGCUGAUAACUGGCUAACUAGGAAAUGGCUAAAAUUCUAUAGCCUACCUCAUCUGAAAAAUUUUUGUUACCUUUAUCCACUUGACGCAAGCUUGUUCUACGCUUAUAUUGCACUUUCGGACGCAGCCAUGAUUGGGUGGUUAUUUAAAGCAGACGGCUACUUGGGACCCAUUGUAUACUCCAAGGUUCCCGAUGGAGGCUGGGGCUGGGUCGUGGCCUUUGCCUUCUUCACCGUGGAGUUGUUCACCUACGGCAUCGUCAAGAUCUUCGGCAUCUUCCUGCAGGACCUCAUGAACAACUUUGAAGAGAGCAACAGCCGUGUGUCCUGGAUAAUCUCCAUCUGCAUCUUUUUCAUAGCCUUUACAGCUCCCCUCUCCACUGUGAUGAGUAACCGCUUUGGUUACCAGCCCGUCGUCAUGCUUGGAGGAUUCCUGAUGAGCUUAGGCACCAUUACAUCUGCUUUCACCAAUUCUGCCAAUGAGAUGUACAUCACCAUCGGAAUAGUCGCAGGCCUGGGACACUGCUUCGCCUUCCUGCCCACCGUCACCAUCCUCUCCCAGUACUUCGACAAGAGGCGCUGCCUUGUCAUUGCCAUCGCUUCCACAGGAGAAUCCGUCUCCAUAUUUGCCUUUGCUCCAGCCUUCACUGCUCUGAAAGAUAAAGUCGGCUGGCGAUAUUGUAUGGUGGUGAUUGGAGUCCUGCAGGCUAGCGUCAUCGUCUGUGGGGCUCUGCUUCGGCCAAUUGUUAUAAAACCCAAGCCAGCCGAGGUGAAGGCCUCCAAGGCGCCUACCCCUAAACAAAUGGAGACCAAGUACAUGUUGGAGAACGAGCUCACGUGCACCUCCCUCAGCUCAGAAGACUCAGGUGUCCAGUCCCUUUCUACCUCAAUGCACAACGUAGCUGAAGGGGGAGAGAAGAAGUACGCUGAGAAGGUGAAAGGAACCCCUGUCAAGACCCCAGUGAAGCAGGCCGUGAAGGAGGAGGUGCCCCCACCCCAAGCCAAGGCCAAACUCCUGGACUUCUCAGUGCUGAAGGACUGCGGAUUCAUUUGCUACUCGAUGUUCGGCCUCUUCGCCACGCUGGGAUUCUUUGCCCCGCAGAUAUAUGUGAUCGACCUGAGCGUGAACAGGGGCGUGGACAGGGACAAGGCCGCCUACAUGCUGUCCGGCAUGGCGGCCGCUGAGAUGUUCGGCCGCAUGUCCAUAGGCUGCGUGCUCAACAAGAAGCCCAUCCGUAAAAUCUACAUCCUGCUAAUCUGCAUGUUCCUGCUGUCCGUGGUGUUGCUGGUCUUCACCUUCGUCACUGAGUUCUGGGGGUUAAGCACGUGCUGCGUGCUCUAUGGCUUUCUGCUGGGCACCGUGGCCUGCACUCACAUCCCCAUGCUGGCUGAGGACGACGUGAUGGGCAUUGAGAGGAUGACUUCGGCCGUGGGCGUCUACGUCUUCAUCCAGAGCUUUGCAGGGCUGGCUGGCCCUCCCUUGGGAGGUUUCUUGGUGGACCUCACUCAGGACUAUGGGUCUGCCUUUUAUUCUUGUGCUGCCGGAAUGGCACUGGGGACCCUGUUCCUGGCGUUUGUGCGUCCAGCAAAGAUGGGCAUGUGCUGCAGGAAGAAGAGUGUCCAGCAGCUGGAGAGCCCCAAAGUGCAGGAUGGGAAGAACUCUGCUCUGGACAAGGAAGCUCCUGUGGACUUCCUGGAGGAAGACCUCCCCACGGAGGCCUGUCCACUCAAAAGCCAAAAGUCUAAAGAAUGAGCUGAAAACAGCACGAACGUCUCAAAGCAUGGUGAAGCUGUGACCCGCAAGUCACACAAAUUACCAGCUAAAUAGACUUACCUUUACAACUGCACAUAUUUUUUGGAAAGGACUUGAACAUUUCACAUUCUACAUGUUUCCCAUGCAACAAUCACUGUCUUAAUUGUCUGCUAUAUUCUGCUGUGUUUUGUUUCUAGCUUCCAUCAAAUGUAUCUUACUGUUGAGUUUUUACAGAAUACCAAGGUACCACAUCUGAAAAAAAUGAAUGGUUUAGCACCGUGCCAGAGAUGUGGCUUAUUUAGUGAACUGUGUAGCAAAUGUUUGUAAAGGUCCGGUUCAGUGAUGCAGAGAAUGAACUCAGGUCAUAGCUAUGAUAGUGCUUCUUGAGAUACCUCCAUCUGUAUGAAGUAUAACUGUAAUGAAAAAAAGGACAAUCUCUGAAAUCUUCUUAAAUAAUUAUUCACAAAUACAAUAGCUGAGGUCUUACCAGAGGUAUAACACACUAUGACCUCAUUCUUGAUGUUGCAGAAUGGUGCAUAACGAUAAGCUGCUAGCUGCUUUUUGGUUCUGAACACACUAUACACAUUUUAUUAACGUAUAAAUGAUGCUCACCAGUGAAAGACACUGAAUUGUGUUCAGCCUUAACACUGUUUUAUUCUCUGGAAGAAUCUUGAUUUUUAACUUCUACACCUUUUCAAGUAUCGUGAGAGAUAUUUGGAUCAAUCAAAGCCUUCCACUGGACCAGUAAUAGGUCUUAAGUUGCAUAACAGUGUCUUUAUUUUCUGAACAACAUAUUUUUUGUCUUCCAUUCCAACUUUAUCCACUGACCCGUCUGUGUAACAUUAUGGUCCGUUGAAUCAAUGGUCUCUGGGCUACACAUCCCCAGACUUGUUGUCUUUUUAGCAUGAAUCCCAGAAUUUAGGCAUUGAAGUCCACUGAUGAGGGAUGUCAUACUCAAUUCUGGAAAGGAUGUGUGAGUGCUGUGUUUUGCCAUAAUUAAUCUAUUUGGCAGUUGCUUACUUAGCCAAAAUAUUCUACCAUUGUAAACACAUGUAUAGGACUAAUCAAGGCAUAACAUUGCAUUUGCCUCAUACCUAUAACAAUAAUAUCUGUUAUCUGGUAUAUGACCAGUUAACAAAGUUAGCAAAAUAAGCAUGGGCAUGAAAACAAGCAUCCACAUCACACCAGACUGCCUAAUUCUACCUUCAGUCGGUGAGACACCAUGGUGCCACUGAAAAACAUGGGCAAUUCAGGUUAUGGCACAAGUCUUUCAUACAGGGACACUGCAAUGCUUUAAUGUCAAUUUUCCUUGCUAGUUUAUUUUUUGUUUGUUUGACAAAGUGAAUUGUUGCCUUAAAUGUAGUGUCGUGGACAUGCUGCUUUAUGUUUUAACCAAAAGACCCCCAAGUAUCAAACAUAUGACAAUCCUGGUAUAUUAUUCCUGUGUCAGCAAUGGAAAAAGCAAACCUUUUGGUUAAUUUCAGCACUCCACCUAGAAAUGUAGAAUAUUUUGAAAAUGUGUUUUUAGAGCACCUGGAUUCCAAUGCUUUAUCACUGAAAGCCAUACUUGAAUGCCUGAAGUUUUUUUUAUUUUUACUUAUGAGUAAUAUGUCUAUAUUGAUAUAGGGAAAAUACUAUACUUCACUUGAAAAAAAUUACUAUUUUCUAUCUUCAGAUUAAAGAUGUGUGUGUCUGAGUGUAGACGUCCAUAUAGUGUAAACUGUGACUAUGUAACUGAAUGGCUUAGUUAUGGAAUGCUGUGCCUCACAUACGAUAUGCCCACAGAUGGCAUCACAGUUUUAACUUGAAUUUUUUUCUGAAUGGACAAAUGCAAAUCUACUGUAUGUGUACCUUAUAAGAAGUAUAGUUCUUUUUUAAUAACUAUUUUAGUGGACCAUGGACAGUGCACAUUCAUUAUUGUUUUUAAAUUAAAAUAGCUUUCUUUACCUGGAAAAUGCUGCACUAUUAACUUCAGAUUUCACAUCAAUAAAGUAAUUCAGUUUUCUUAA